AACACAACAGAAGGAAAGAACAACCAUCAGCAAGCAGCAAGAAAGCACGCCAGUUCCAAGGGGAGGCCCGGCUGGCCCUCCCUCCGUCCAUCCAUCCACCUCAUUCGCCCCGUAACCGCCCCAGCGAUUACUGAUUAAUCCUCCUCCGCCCCUCCCAGAAACAAGUGCUGCCUGUCUCCUCCCUCCCUCCCUCUGCCCUCGCCCCCGCGGCUUAAUCCCAAUUGGGUUGGGUUGGAGGAGCAACCCAAUUGGGGAUUAAUCUAUCAGAGGAGGAGGAGGAUUCGCACUCACCAUACCGAGGUUGCCUUGCUUCCUCUCCUCUCCCGUUCCUGGGAUUGGCCAAGCCGCAUCCACCCACAGCUCUGCCGCAGGAGUAGAAUCAUGAAGCUGAAAAACAGUUUUAGGGAGGCCGAUCCGGUCACGGUGCAGAGGGGCUAUGGUUUCAGGCCAAACCAACCAGCUGUUGUUCAUCAGACAAGAUGCAGAUGGAUCAUUGGAGAUGUGACCGAGGUGUUUGAUCAUAACACAUGGAAGCUUGGCAAGAUUGCAAAGAUUGUGAAGAAUGAUUACUUUGUCAUCAGGCUCGCCGACUGCAUCCAGUUGAAAGAGUUCCACAUUUCUAGCUUGAGGGUUCCACAACCACAAGAUGCUCCCACAGCUCCUCCUUAUGGCAAGCAGUUCCCUGCAGCUGAUAACAAGGUGACCCGAAGGGGCAAGCAGCUGCCUGCUGAUGUGCUGAGAAGAUCAGGCAAGAAGAGGAAAUCGUCCGAAGUUCUUGAUUUCUCUCCUCAGCCAAGCCAGAGGAGACUCUUCCAGGUGGCCAGGGAAGAGGCCGCCGCCGCGGAGUGCUCGGUGGCGAGCUGCAGCGCCGCGAACGACGACGCUGGCGGCGUCGGCGUCAGCAGCGGCCGGCACGGGGGCUGCUGCUCCGUGGGGCGCGGCGACGCACAGUCGCGCGUGGUGGCCGCCUCCCCGCGCGCCGCGUGGUCGUCGUCGGACUCGGACGGCGCGCUGAGCGACGGCGGGCCGGCGGGCGUGGACGUGCACGAGCUGGAGCUGGAGGCGUACCGGUCGACGGUGCGCGCGCUGCACGCGUCCGGGCCGCUGACGUGGGAGCAGGAGUCGCUGCUCACCAACCUGCGCCUCUCCCUCAACAUCUCCAACGAGGAGCACCUCCUCCAGCUCCGCCGCCUGCUCUCCUCCUGAGUCCGAUCCUCGUCUCGCCGACGGCUUAAUCAUCACUCAUCGAGGUGACUCCGGUCCGGUCCAGUCCAGACAGACGAACACCGCAUGGCGCUGCGAAAUAAUGGAGGCCGAUGUGCCGUGGAGCUCUCUGUUUUUUCCUUUCGGCAAGAGAAGAAUUUUGUUCGUUCGUCUUGUGUAGUCGAUGCAGCAGCAGCUCCAGCUCCAUUGCCGACGUAGAGAGAGCUCUGCAGCGCACGUCAUCGCCUUCCUCAAGACUCCAGUCCAGUAGCGUUGGGCCAUUGACUCUCCUGAAUUACUACAACUAGUGCUGGCCUUGCCUUUUCUAUCUAUGUAAAUGUAAAUCCAUCUACUCACUGAUCUGCUCCAAGAUUAUUACUAUUACUUUUACUUCAAGAUCA